AGACUUAAACCCCAUUAUCUUCCUCGUUCCCCUCUCAGCUAAAUUCUGAUCUGCAAUUUAACGAAAGUACGAAACCAAAAGCACAAAACUCAUCGAAGCUCCUCAAAAACCCUAAACUCAAUCUCUCCAUCUCCUCUCGUUCGGAUUCUACUGUCUUCUUCUGGUUUUCAGAUUCAGUUUUAUUAUUGUGUUUCAUAAGACAAUUGGAGUGAAGAUGUCGGGUGCUUUGAAUAUGACUCUUGAUGAGAUUGUUAAGAGGGGUAAGACUGCAAGGUCUGGGGGAAGAGGAAAUUCUCGUCCUGGUCGUGGUCGUGGCAGUGGUGGUGGUGGAUCAAAUGGUUUUCUCGGUGGUAGAAGAGGAGCUGGACCUGCUCGAAGAGGUCCUCUUGCUGUGAAUGCUCGCCCAUCGUCUUUGUCCAUUAACAAGCCUGUCCGUAGGGUCAGGAGCUUGCCAUGGCAAAGUGGUUUGUUUGAAGAUGGCUUAAGAGCUGCUGGGGUAUCAGGAGUUGAAGUUGGAACCAGACUCCAUGUUACAAAUCUGGACCAGGGUGUGACAAAUGAAGAUAUAAGGGAACUCUUCUCUGAGAUUGGGGAGGUAGAGCGUUAUGCGAUUCAUUAUGAUAAAAAUGGGCGUCCAAGUGGCACAGCUGAAGUGGUGUAUCCAAGAAGAAGUGAUGCAUUUCAAGCUCUGAAGAAAUACAACAAUGUAUUAUUGGAUGGAAGGCCAAUGAGACUUGAGAUUUUGGGUGGCAACAAUUCCGAGGCUCCUUUAUCUGGUCGUGUGAAUGUGAAUGUCACUGGUCUCAACGGAAGGCUGAAGAGGACUGUUGUUAUCCAACAAGGAGGAGGGAGAGGAAGAGUUAGAGGAGGGAGAGGAGGAAGAGGUCCAGCUCCUACUAUCAGUCGUCGCCUUCCAAUUCAUAACCAGCAGGGAGGGAUGAGAGGGGGAAGAGGCGGGUUUCGUGGUAGAGGGCGUGGUGGUGGCGGCCGUGGUCGUGGUGGUGGAAGAGGAAAUGGAAAGAAGCCAGUGGAAAAGUCAGCUGCUGAUCUUGACAAGGAUCUUGAGAGCUAUCACGCUGAUGCUAUGAACACCUCUUAAAUCCAGCAACAAACCUGUCUUGUUGUUCUUACUACUUAACUAGUUUCAGAUGAUAUCAUGCUUCUCUCUUUUUUCAUGCUCUUCGUUUCUAGUGAUUUUAUGGUUUUGUUGGUGGUUUGAUUGUGUAAAGUAAAUGAAAGCUGUUUAG